CACUCAGUAUCUGUUUCCUCGCCGCCUGCCUCGCGACAGGCCAUGUUCUCGUCUCUCCGGCGCUGCUCUUCAUCGCAUCAUGCGAGAGCGUGUUCUACGCGAUCUUCCUCGCCCGACGGAGACAGUUGACCAAGCCAUCGCCCCCGCGCGUUCCCCCGCGGAGCCGCGCGCAGCGCCAAGUGCUGUUCGCGAAAUGCGCCGCCACAAUGACGGCGGAGCGGUUUGUGGAGUGGUUCGUUCCCUCGCAUGACGACAUCCGGCGGGAGAAUGUCCGGGAGUGGCUGUUGUGGGCGCUGUUCUCCUCGACCCUGGAACAUGCGUCGCCCGAGUGGGACGGGGAGAUCGAGGAGUAUCUGGAUCUGAUUGAACAGGUGCUGGGUAGGAAGCUUGCUGAAGGGAGAGGGCCUGUGAAGAGCAUACGACUCUCGUUUGACGAGGUUGAGUUUGCUUAUCGACCGUUGGUGUGGUAUAUGAUCGUGGCGCUCGUGGAUACCAGUACAUCACUCAUCCUUCUCAGUCUGGGAUUCAAGCACUAUGCCCCUUCUCGCCCCCAACACUUCGUCUUCCCCCCUCGGAUCUUGUUAUGGAUGUUCUCUAGGCCUGGGGUCACACCUCACUAUUCAUAUUGGUUCCGCCCCGGGCGACUCAGUCACAAGCGCGAAUCGUUCGUUUUUUUGCAUGGAAUUGGUAUCGGGCUGCACCCAUACCUUCCAAUGCUACGAGAGAUCGUCAAAGCGGACCCGUCCCGAGACAUCCUCCUUGUAGAAUUUCUGCCUGUCAGUAUGCGCAUUACUGGUCCUAUGGCGUCUCGUCAAUGUACCGUAGAAGCGAUGAACGACAUCCUUGAUAGCCUCGAACUGAGGCAGGUCGUUCUCGCUGCCCAUUCGUACGGGACGUUUCUCGCUGCGUACAUCGUGGCCGAGCCAGCCGAAGAUGGCCCUGUCGAUGAUCCAUGCAAGGACCUCAAUGACAAAGUGGUUUCGCUCGUCCUGAUCGAUCCGAUCCCGAUUCUCUUGCACCUUCCAACAGUCACCUACAACUUCCUCUACCGCUCUCCUCGGCGGGCAAACGAAUGGCAGCUAUGGUACUUCGCCAGCAGCGAUGCCGACGUGACAAGAAUGCUGAGGCGGGGAUUCUUCUGGGAGGAGGGUUGUCUAUGGCGCGAGGAUCUGGAGCGAUUCAUCGGCGAGGGCAGCUCUCGCCGCCAAGUUUCCGUUGUGAUAGGUGGUGCGGACCAGAUCAUACCCAGCGCUGCUAUCAGAGAGUAUCUAUCCGACGGUUCAGAUGAUUGGGUCUCCAACGCUGGUCCCUCGGAACGAUGGGCAAACAGCGAUGAGACUCUGCAAGUGAUCUGGUUCCCCAAUCUCGACCACGCGACCGUUUUCGAGACAAAGGAACGGCGAAAAGUCCUGAUGCGAGUCUUAGAUCCAAAACCUCGUUUUUACGGUACUGUCACUAGCUAGAUAUACACGGUAGGAUUAUCAUAUAUUAUUGUACCUUACAUUCUCCGACAUCCUGAUCCUCUAGAGCCCCAGCAUGGCAAUGACAAUCGCGCCAGCUCCAAGCCCAUUCUCUGCUCCUUCACAGAUAAAUCCGAAGCGCCCGCUGCCGACUUGAGCUAUGGCCGCAGCCGCUCGUUGACCGGAGCUUUGUUCGACGUAAAGCGCUUCAUGGGCCGCGACGCCUGUCAACCACAUGCCGCCGGUCAACGAGAGGUUUUUUGGCAAACCAGAUGCCAACUCGUGGCUUCCAUUCAGAACUAAUUUCUGGUUCUCGGUACCAGCCAUAGCGGAGAGCUUCCAUGGCAGUCCCCAGGCUUCAUCGAAGAACUUGUUCAGCGACGGACGACGAAUAUCCUCCAUCGAGUUCUUGGAAAACAUCUUGAAUGAACCGCCAAUGACGACCGUUCCCCCGUUCUCCACAUACGACACCAGUCGCACCAGCAAGCCACUGUUGUUCGGAGUGACGAUUGGGGCAUCCGUAAUGAAGACACCUUUGAUGCUGGGCAGAACGAGGAAGUCUCUGGCCUUAGCUUUGGUGCUGGCUCGUGCGACCUCGACUUUCUUCCUCAAAGCCUCCAUGGUUUUGAUGGGCAGUUGCGUGGAUUUGUUGAGGGUGAGGUGCAUGACAAAUGGCUUCGAGGAUCGAGAGAGCUGCUCGACUUUUCCAGUGCGGCUCUUCUCCUGACCCAGAGCAGUUGGUCCCACUCCCAUGAAGUUGGAGAACAGCCGUUGCUCAGCGAUGCCCUGUUCAUUGACAGAGAUCAGCCGGCGGACAAGGCCUGGUGGGAAGUCCUCCUGAUCCUUUAAAUGAGGCAAGUUCGCCUUGGAGUGAAGAUAGAGACAUCCCUCCCCGAAUUUGCAGGAUCCCAUGAGAAAAUACAGACAGACGUUGCGGCCC